AUGCGUGCACAUUAUUCCAACCUCCGACUCGGCCCAGCGACCCGCAUCUCCCAACAACAAACCGGACAGGAUCCAGCUGACCAACGGCUACUCGCCCGAGUUGUGAGCCCAAACCCGAAUCCGAAUGGCUCUCGCGACACUCAGGUACCAGUUCUGCUCUCUCUGGGUUGGCCAGGGGAGAGCGGACUGGAUCCUUGGAUCGGUGGGCUCCUGGAUUUCGUCGACCAAAGGGCGGGCAAGCCGAGUUUUGGACCUUUCUUCUUGCAAGUUCCUGUACGCGAGGACAACUCGACUGGCGAGGUACACUAUUCCUUCGUCGGUGGCCUUAUGCAGCUUCUUGAGGAUGGUAUAGGACGAGAGACGGCCCUUGAGGACCGCGCCAUUGGUUUAUUCUUAUCGACUCGUCGCGUUCGUCGAGUGUCUUUGCUCCUUGUUCCCAUAAUGCACUGGGCGGGCGCGAUAUGGCGGGCUGGGUUGUCUGGUACAGGUGCUCGGGCCCCCGAAUUGCCCAAAUAG